AUGAGUGAAAAAUUUCCCAUUCCUGACAACACAAUGGAUGAUCCUCCUUGGAAUGAAGUGUCUUCUAAAGGAGAUGCUCCUGAUUCCAUAAAUGUUUCAGAUGAUCCUCCUCCAACGUUUAAACCUUCUUCCUCAAGACCAUAUUUUGAUUUUUGUCUAUCCUUGUCCUCUGAGGAAUCUGAAGAAGAAGAAGAAAAUUCUAAAGGAAACAAGCACUCCUCUCCUCCUCCUGAAGCCACCUUUGGAGGUGAUCAAGGUAACCAAACUCAAGGCAAUUCGAUUCAUGAUUCCAAGCCAAACGGAUCGAAUGAUGAUGACUAG